ACCAUAUACAACAAGGGAAGCACUACGGAUACUUGAUUUCCAGUCAGUGUGUGGGUGGAGCUCGAUUAGAUAGUCACCAUGUCUGACCGAGCUGCUCUUUACUCGGUGGCAUGGGCCUGUGUGUCGUCAUGGUAUUACGGGUAUCAUCUCUCCGAACUCAAUUUUCCAGUUGAAUCACUCACAUGUCUCCCCUCAGCUUUCCCCCCUCCUUCCCGUCUACCACUAUGUUUGUCACUGACGAGCGAACGAUAUAGUCUAGUCACUGCUCUUUUCUCUAUUGGAGGUCUUGUUGGGUCUUUGGGUAGUGCGAUUGUGGUUAGAAGGCAGGGACUAAGAGGAGGUAUCAUUUUGACUGGUUGGAUGAAUCUGGUAGGGAGUGUAGGUAUGGCUUUGGCACCUCAUUGGGUCAUACUUGGUAUAGGGAGAUUCAUAACUGGUGUCGCAUCCGGUGUCGCCGUUUGUCUAGUGCCUCCAUUCCUCAAUAAACUCUGUCGGACAUAUCCUCAACUAUCAGCUCGGAGUGGUCAGAUUGGUUCACUUCACCAAAUGGGGAUAGUCUUAGGUUUGUUCUCUGCUCAAAUUGCAGGAUACAUAUUUACCGGGGAAAAAGGAGACACACCCGGUAACUGGCGAUACGUAGUCUCUCUCUCCGGUCUGGUGGCCAUUUUCCAGAUCUUAUUCACCCGUCUUACCAUCCCACAUCAGUCCACAAAAGCCGUUGUAGAUCAUCCCGCACCUCAACCAGACCCCGAGAUAGCCACAGAGACCGAGCAAGUAGAAUCUUCACCCCUCUUAUCGCCCGCUCCCUCGGAAACCCCAACGUCCGAACCUUCUACCCGACAACUGUCCGUCAAAGAACUCCUUUCCAACCCUACGCUCAGAGGACCGACGUUACUGGUAGGAAGUAUCAUGUCCCUCCAACAGUUCUCAGGGGUGAAUGCAGUCAUGUUCUACUCUACACCAGUCUUGAAGCCUUUGUUACCGGCUUCAGCGGGAUUAUUGGGAAUCGGAAUAACAUUGGUGAAUGUGGUCAUGACGCUUCCUGCUAUAUUCUUGGUUGAUCGGUGGGGAAGGAAGAAUCUCCUAUUACUCUCAGUCAUAAGCAUGGGCAGUAUGAGUGCGUUGCUUGCGGUUGGUUUAAACAGCCAUCAUCAGCUUCUCUCAGGUACCGCCAUCAUCGCCUUCAUCACGGCCUUCUCCGUAGGCCUCGGUCCUAUUCCCUUUCUGCUCGUAUCAGAGCUCGUACCCUCUUCUGCCAUCCCCGCACUAUCCUCCCUCAGUCAAUCUUUAAGCUGGACAAGUAACUUUCUCAUUGCCCUCCUCUUUUUGCCCCUUCGUGACGCCUUAUCUUAUCCUUCCGACCCACAUGAUCCCCUCAGCGGGAGAGAAGGAGAAGGAAGGGUGUUCUAUGUGUUCACGGGGACAUGCUCUUUGUUAGCUGGUAUUGUUUGGAGAGGAUUGAAGUGA